AUGAAGAUUUAUUUUGGUUUUGUUGUGAUUUUCGCGGCAUUAUUGCUUUCUGAAAAAGUGAGUUGUCAAAAGCUUCGUGUUGGAGAUCUGUGCAGUACUGGUACUGAUUGCCUUAGUACACACUGUGAUGGUGGACAGUGUAGCCUCGGUCAACCUGGAGAUCCCUGCGAGACUAAGAAUGAUUGUGUCUUUGGUCCUGCAACAGCUUGCGUUG